AUGGCUCUUUUAUAUCGACAACAGACCAGUUACCACGAUAACCAACCAAAAAAGUCCAGAAGACUGUAUCCUAUCCAGGAAAAUGUACAGCCCAUGCAGCAAUCCAACAGCAAGAGACAACAGCAUGCUGCAUCAUUUCCUUCUGGCCAUGACAAGGUGCUUGAGCAUCUCUCUCGCAUGUCCAUAGCCUCACCUGUCAUGGUCAAUCAGGGAUUUGAUGUUCCCCUGCUGGGAAGUGCACCUCUGAUUUCUGAUUUCGAUUUGCCUCUACCUACGCCCCGAAUCCCUGCCAGCGCUUCCGUCACCAUGUCAGAUUAUGCGCAAUGUGCCUCCAAGUAUCAGCGUUGUACUUUGAACGCUAUACCUUACAACAACAACCUACUCAAGCGAUCCAAGCUCCCACUGUCUCUGCUACUGGAACCCUAUCCCAGAGCACAACCGCAGGACAAACACCCGGAUCAAGUUCCUAUCAUCUCGCACGGCACAAUCAGCCGCUGCACACGCUGCAAGUCAUUCAUCAACCCAUUCAUACAGUUCAUUGAAGGCGGUUUGAAGUGGCAGUGCAACAUUUGUGGACAUGACGAUAACAAUGUUCCUCCAGCCUAUGACUGGGACCACAUUACAAGACAGAAAGCAGAUCGAUGGGGCACACCCGAGCUGAAUUAUGGCUGUGUAGACUAUGUAGCGACCUCUGAAUUUAUGUCAAGGCCACCUCAGCCUCCAGUAUAUGUGUUUGUCAUUGAUACUACCAAGCAAGCCAUCAAUACAGGCAUGAUUCCUGUGCUUGCUGAGGCAUUGAUUGCCUCUAUUGAUCGUAUCCCCAACAGCGAUGGAAGAGCUCGUAUUGGAUUCAUCACCGUCAGUCAUGCGAUUGGAUUCUACAGUCUCGGCAACAAGGAGCCAGAACUGCUUAUCAUGCCAGACAUUGAUGAUAUCUACCUUCCACGUGCUCACACUGAUCUCGUUGUCAAUUUGAAUGAAACCAAAUCCGCUGUGCUGGACCUGCUUGAACGGCUCAAGGUGAUGUUCACACGAGAAACAUUUGCGACAAAUGACAAUUGUUUGGGUGCUGCCUUAAAAGCAGCUCGACAGCUCUUGUCUCCAACAGGCGGUAAGAUCAUCUGUUUUCAAGCAAGCUUACCCAAUAUUGGUGUUGGCGCACUGUCGUCGUCUGUCAUUCACAAGCAAAACACCACGGCAGCCGGCGAAAACUUGCUGUUGGAGCCCACCAGCGAGUUUUAUAGAUUGUUUUCAGAGGAAUGUGCCAAAUCACAUGUUUGUGCGGAUAUGUUUGUCUUUGGCAGUCAGAAUACAGACGUAGCAACUCUCAAUGUUAUUCCCAGAUUCACCGGUGGACAGACACAUUACUACCCUGGAUUCAAUGCAAGUAAUACGGGCGAUAGAGAAAAACUAAAGCUAGAGAUCAAGAAACUAGUCAAGGAGGAAAUAGGCCUGGAGGCUAUUAUGCGAACCAAAUGCUCUCCUGGACUUGCAUGCAAAUUGUACCACGGUAACUUUUCGUUUCAAUUGCCAGACAUACUCGUGCUGCCCAAUGUACCUCGCGAUGCCAGCUAUUGUAUCGACCUGUCUAUUGAAAGAGAGCUUCAGGGCGAUCUCGCGUAUUUCCAAACAUGCAUGCUGUACACAUCUAGUGCUGGCGAACGCCUUAUUCGUGUCAUGACCACAUGCUUGCCUGUGGCCAGAAAAAUCACAGAGUUGUUCUAUGCUGUUGAUCAACAAAGCUCCGCCAGAGCCAUGGCCUAUCAAGCGUUGGACAAGGCAGUGACACUCAAGAUCAGAGAUGGCAAGGAGUAUUUGGCUCAGAAAACGGCGGCGAUUUGCGAAUCGUAUAGCAAGGAGGUCAUUGGAGUUAUUCCCUCCAAAAGCACUCAACUUAAUGUAUGUCGAUCUCUCAGUUUGCUGCCUGCCAUGAUGCUGGCAUUGUUAAAGAGUGAAGCCUUCAAUGACACUGGCGUAGUGCCCACAAACAUUGCUACUCAAUCCGGCAUCUUGUUGCGAACACUGCCAACGAGUCUGUGGUCAAGAUACGUGUAUCCCACAUUCUACUCGCUUCAUAAUAUGCCUGCUCAUGCUGGAACAUUUGACACCAAUGACAAGUGUAUUAUGCCGCCUGCAGUCAACCUGUCGAGCGAGAAACUAGAGCGUCAUGGCUGCUAUCUUGUGGAAAAUGGGCAACGCAUCUUGAUUUGGAUUGGCAAAGAGGCAGUGUCUCAAUUGUGCUCUGAUUUACUCAAUGUGCCACACGUGAGUCAGGUCAGAUCGGGCCAGAUACCCUCCUUGCCAAUAUUAAAUAACCCCUUUUCUGAAAGAGUAUGCCGCAUCAUCAAGAACCUCCGUACAGACUUACGGCACAGCAACUUUUACCCAUCCUUGUACGUUGUGCGGGAGGAUGGCGAGCCCAUGCUGCAAAGUUGGUUCAUGACACACAUGCUGGAAGAUAGGCAGCACGUUGCUUCCAAUUCUCGCUUCCAAAAUUCAAUGCCUUAUUCAGCCAUGAGCUACUAUCAAUGGCUUGGCCAUAUCAAGGAGGGAAUGUAA